AUGUGCGCCGCGGCCAUAGCCAUGAACCCCGCCAACGACCCUGCACCGGGCGAGCCCGGUAGCGGGGACAUCACCACAAUCUGGUCAGAAGCGGCUCACCUCUUCAAGGACACUGGCGAGCGGCGUGACUUCGCGCCUGGAGCGGCUGCUAGGUCCAUGCCUGCAUUGCGGGAACAACGGAAGAACCGAGAGUUUUGCGACGUCGUCUUCCUGGCUCGUGACGGCUCUGAAGUCUGGGCGCAUCGGUUUGUGGUAGCUGCCAGGUAUUCGGGCUGCUACGCGCUCUUCGCUCUGGCAAAGGAAGGCCUGAGUCCCGAAGAGAAGUGGCUGCCACUCAUGCAAAUUGUGGUCACAGACCUUGGUAGCGACAUGAUACGGCUACUGAUCGACGUCGCCUACCACAUUCCCCUGCUUGAACUUGUAGGACAGCACAACAUCGGAGAGGUGCUCAAUCUCGCCGAAAUGCUACAGCUAAGCCACCUACUCAAUCACUGCGUGAACUUCCUCAAGCGCGACAACAAGCCGGAGAGCUGCAUAGACAAUUACCACCUGGUGUCCAGUCGCGGCUACAACCACCUUGCCAAUGAAGCUUUUCGCUACCUGCUUCGAAACUUCGACCAGGUGUGGAAGAACAGUACCCAGUUCGAGGCCCUUACACCCGAGGAGAUGCGCGCGAUCUUGGAGGAUAACCGGAUGCACGUACCGAGUGAGAUGGACGCAUUUAACGCCCUUCUUAAGUGGACCUCUGCUGACAUGGCCACGAGGAAGGAAUACCUCGCGAGGUUCCUCCCUCUAGUUCGCCUCAGAUGGUGCAGCGCCACAGAGCUCGAAAAGGUCGUGACAAAUCCACAAGUACAAGGUGACAGAGACAGCACAAAGGUGUUGAGCGUGAUCCACCAGUCGCUGACCAGAAACUCUUUGCCGGUUGGCGAAGUGACCGGUAUCGACCUGUCCCAUAAGAUGUGGCUCACGCCUCGGAUUCCCAAGCACAUACUCUUAGUGUUCGGUGGGUGGACAGACGGCGCCACGAACGUCAUGAGCACGUACAAUUAUCGCGCCGCCAAGUGGCGCGUCAUCGGCAACCAGUACACCUCGCCUAG